AUGAGCGAUGUCGACCAGGCCAUUGCCGAUGGCCGAGUGCCACCAGAUGUAACGAGGGCGAUAUUACUGGAGAGCAAAGACCGACCAGCUGUUGUGGGGAUUUCAAUUGUGACGAUUUUGACGUUUCUUGUGGUUUGUGGGAGAGUGGCUUCGAGGACAUUUAUUGUGAGGAGGUUUGGAUAUGACGAUGGGUUGGCUGUGAUAUCAUUGUGCAAGGUUCUACUAAUUGCCUUUGUCGGCCUAUGUAUCGAACUUAUUUGCCUUGGAUCAGGCCGUCACUUCGCCUACAUCCAAUAUGUCCUACCCGUCGAUAUCGUCAUGCGAACUCAAGUCCUCGACUUUGUCGCCCACAUCAUCUAUACAACGGCCCUUUUGCUCUGCCGCAUCUCCGGAUUAGCGUUUUACUAUCGUAUUUGCGGUGUCCACCAUGGAUUUUUGAUUGCCAUCCGGGCCGUGUUUGGAGUCAUUGUGGCCGGGUUCAUGCCGCAGCUCUUUCUGCUGAUUUUCCACUGCCAGCCCGUCACGGGGCUGUGGCCGUAUGGCUGGGAGCCUGGCUGGGAGAGAUAUACCUGUUUGCAGUGGGGAUUGGUGUACAGCGUGAAUUCGUCAGUGUCGUUGUUGUGUGACUUGUUGCUGUUUGGUAUUCCGGUUGCCAUGUUGAAGAUCCUGGAGAUGCCAAGAAAGAGAAAGAUACAGCUGGCUUGUAUUCUGCUACCCGGCUUGGGCGUUGUUGGCAUUUCGAUUACCCGUCUGGUUCUCGUCAUCAAGGGACAGUGGGAAACUGAUAUGUCUUGGAGCUACAAUCCUAUGCUCGCAGUUGAAACUUCUGAAAUCGGUGCCACUCUCAUCGCCCUCUCCAUCCCUGGCAUCAAGCCCAUCUUUGAUAAGUAUGUCCUCAAGACUACCGUUCAUACCGAGUCCGGCAACUCCAAGUACAACAGAAGCGCGACGAGUCGACGGUCCAGAGGCACAGCACUAAGUACAUUUCGAUUACGCUCGCAGCACAGCAUGCUGUCUAGUCAGGAGAAUACGGCGGCAUAUGGAAACGAAGUCCAUGCCAUUUCACAACAUGACAGCCACAGUCAGACCGAGACUGACGGCAUUUUUGUAAGAGUCGAUUUUGACGUCAAGGAAGGGCAAUUGGAGACGGGUCACCCUGGCCACAAUGGGACGGGAUGA